CGUUUGCUCCUUCUUUUUGCCUAGUUUCUUCCACCACACAUGAACGGGCGAAGUCCUGUCCACGGAAACUCUCCACCACCACCACGCCGUCGUGCUGCUGGACUAGAUCCCAUCUACCACAUCUCCCCACUUGCUGGAACAAGGAGGAGGUGUCUUCAUCGAGCUGUACGUGUGACCGAGUACGGAGGUGCUGCCCGAUUGCAGCGCCAGAGGGAUCAUCAUCGCGAUCUUGAGAUCGGCAAGUGUACGACUACAUCACCCACGAGAUCCGAUCUCGUUUCCGCUUAGCGAUCUACAAGGAUCAUGGCGGCCCCCACCAUCAAUUUUAAUCAGUUCCUAGAGAAAGAAAAGCUUAAGAACAAUGGAAGCAACUUCACGGAUUGAAUCCGUGAUGUGAGGAUUGUCCACACUGCUGGACAACUGCAAUAUGUGCUCGAUAUACCGCUAGGUGCCCCACCUGCAGAAACUGCUCCCGAUGAGGUGAAAAAUGUUUACCAAACUCGGAAAAUUUAUUACUCCCAAGUUCAGUGCGCCAUCUUGUACGGCCUAGAGGCCGAACUGCAAAAGCGUUUUGAAAACCACGACCCUUGUGAGAUAGUCCGUGAGCUCAAAGCUAUCUUUGAAACUCAUGCGGCCGUGGAAAGCUAUGAAGCCUCAGAACAGUUCUUUGGCUGUAAGAUGGAAGAGGGUAGCUCCGUUAGCGAGCACGUGCUCAAGAUGUCUAGGCACGCGGAAAGCUCAAUGACUUGGGAAUAGUGAUUCCUAACCAGUUGGGUAUUCAUCGUGUCCUCCAAUCACUGCCACCUAGUUAUAAGAACUUCGUGAUGAACUACAACAUGCAGAACAUGAACAAGGAGUUAUCUGAACUCUUCUACAUGCUGAAAACUGCUGAAGUGGAGAUAAAGAAAGAGCACCAAGUGUUGAUGGUCAACAAGACCACCAGUUUCAAGAAACAGGGCAAGCCUAAAGAAAAUGGCAACUUCAAGAAGGGCGGCAAGAAAGCUGCUGCGCCUAUCAAGAAGCCCAAGGCUGGCCCUAAGCCUGAUAUUGUGUGCUAUUACUGCAAGGGUGACAGACACUGGAAGCGCAAUUGCCCCAAGUACCUGGCUGAUCUGAAGAGCGGCCAAGUAAAAAAGAAAGGAACUGCGGAAUAAACGGAGACUAGCGAGGGACGAGGUGACGAUGCGCGUUGGAAAUGGAUCCAAGGUCGAUGUGAUCACCGUCGGCACGCUCCCUCUACAUCUAACUUCGGGAUUAGUUUUAAAUCUAAAUAAUUGUUAUUUGAUGCCUGCGUUGAGCAUGAACAUUAUAUCUGGAUCUUGUUUAAUGCAAGACGGUUAUUCGUUUAAGUCAGAGAAUAAUGGUUGUUCUAUUUAUAUAAAUAAUAUCUUUUA